AUGACUGCUGGAAAGUUUGCAUUCCAAUGGAGGCCUUGGGCGAACCUACAGGCUUACUAUGCGGCUGUCUUUAUUUUAAUCGGCUCAGUUAUCAGUGCAUGGUUUCCCAAUCGAUUUGUCGCAGGAGCCAACCUGUUUAUCAGUCUGCUCAUUAUUGGCUUGGAGCAUCCGUUUCCAUACAUGGAUAAACUUGGAUUCGUUUCAAACAACCUGUAUCUACGAGCACUCUUGUAUGCGGCAUGUGUUGUUCCUGGAUUGAUUCAAGCACCGACACAUACUGGAGUGCUAUGUCUGUCCUGUGCAGCACUGACAUACUUGUGGGCUGCAGUGUGUGGUGAAUCGGGAGCUCCUGCUGGAAAAGGCAGUGGGAAAAGCGCUACGUAAUUGGACGUUGAUCGUCAUGCAUAAUAUUGAUUGGCUGACUGGAUAGUUAUUUUUGUAUAUAGAAACAUAUGGGUGUAUUUAAUCCAGUCGGUAGAUUCCCAGAUGCAUUGUUGUUAGUAUAUCCAGAUUCAAUGGAUUGGUUUUAUUUUUUAAUGAAUUGAAUGUAUAUAGCCA